CUCUCCCCUCUUCGUACUUCCGAUUUUUUUUUCCUUGUUUUUCUGGGACGAUUAGGGUUUUGGGAGGCCCUAAUCUCGCUCUCGACAGCUAUCUUGAUCUCGCGAGAGCGUGGGAGUCGAUCCGGAGGCGUUUGGAGGCGAUUGCGACGCGCUUUCUGGCGUGAGAUCUGCAGUUUUUUUUGCUCUGAAAUCGUCUUUCAGGCAAAUAUUGCCGAGGCUUCCAAGUGAUAGAGUUUUUUUGGGAAAAAUUUUGAUUUUGAAGUCGCGCUGCUGGAGUUGAAUAUAAGCUGAUAGAGGUUUCGAUUGGCUGACAUUGGUGGAGCGCGAGCCGUCAUGGGGACUGGGUUUCUGGACGCUAGUGGGUUUUGAGCUAGAGAAGAGGGCUUCGAAAAGAGAGAUUUUGCUGAACGAAUUGGGGUUCCUGGUAGAGUUCUGGGACAUUUCUUGGAGAUUUAGUUGGAAAAGGCUCCGAAGACAGGCAUUGCUGCAGAUUGUAUCGAUCUGGACGGUGCUAGGGUUUCGAUUGAGCGGGAUUCAGUUUUAGAAAUGAGGAGAGCUAGGAGCGUAUGAAGUCUUUGAAUCGGUUGUUUGGGGGAUUGUGAGGUCGUCCUCUUGUUUUGCCCAAUCCCUUUGAAAGAAACUUGAUAGAAGGAGGGAUUUGGGGCAUUAUAUGUAAUCUAUAUAAAAGCUUCAGAGAUCGGCUAAGGUUACUAAUUGGAACAGUCUUCAAAAACUUUCAGCAUCCAUGGAGUCCAUUCACCAUUUCAUGAUCAUCCUUGUGUCCAUUGGGGUUCUAUCGGCAUAUCAAUAUAAGGCCCAAUCAACUGGAGGUUCCAUGACAUCUUCAAGAUCACUAGAUGCACUCCUUCAGGACUAUGCUUUCCGAGCUUUUGUCCAUCCCCGCACCGGAAAACCAUAUGAUGGUCAAGUCCCAUCCAAUAUCACUGGUAUCAAGAUUUCAGCAUUGAGGCUCAGGAGUGGGAGCUUAUAUAACAGAGGAGUUCCAAGCUUCAAGGAAUUUCACAUCCCCAAAGGAGUCAUCAUUCAGCCAUAUGUGGAAAGGCUUGUGCUGGUUUACCAAAAUUUGGAUAACUGGUCCUCUACCUACUACAACCUUCCUGGUUUCACCUACUUAACUCCUGUGCUAGGUCUCCUUGCUUAUGAUGCAGCAAAUCUGUCUGCAAACAACUUGCCGGAAUUAGGUGUUGUUGUUUCAAAAUCACCCAUUUCGAUUAAUUUCACAAAUGUGAGCAUGGUACCAAGUGGUCUGAGUGCCAGAUGUGUAUAUUUCAAUUUGGAUGGAUUUCCAGAGUUUGGAGAUUUAGUAUCGAGUAGUGCUUGUUUAACAUACCGACAAGGUCACUUCUCCAUUGUGGUCAACACCAGUGGGAUUGCUCCUUCUCCUGCACCAAGUGAAGUCCCAAGUCCUGGUCCAAGCCCUGGUCACGCUAAGAGUAAUACGUCUAAGGUGUCGAAGAUUGUUGGUGCUGUGGUUGGUGGGUUCAUUGCUUUGGUUCUAUUGGCAUUGCUUGUGGCAUGGAUGUCUCGGUACAGGCAGAAAAGCAAGGUAGCAGAGAUGGAAAAGCGUGCUGAUGUGGGAGAAGCAUUACAAAUGGCAAGGGUUGGAAACACUCAGGCACCUGUGGCCUCAGGGACACGGACACAGCCAGUUCUUGAGAAUGAAUAUGUUGCUUGAUUUGUUGCAUAGAAUGAGUACCAAACUGGUGCCCUUUCAUGGCUGGUAUGUGAGGAACAAGCUGAAGAUUUUCUUUCAAGCGUUUGAUAUGUACAGAGCUUAUGGACAAGCAACACCAUGUUCUUUUGCCCAACUGUCAAUUGAGAGGUGGAUUUUCCAUGAUAUUGGUUGGGUUCUGGGAUCGACAUUUAUUUAAGAUUCGUUGACACAUUCUUUUUGGGUGGGGGGGGGGGUUGUUGUGUAGAUGUUUGUGUUUGGAUGGUUCCAGUCCUAGCUGCUCGAUGGUACCAUAAUCAUACAGGGUGAAAAUUCAAUAGUUGCGGAAACACGUCGUGCAGGAGAUGGCAUUCUGUGCUAUGCUUUGGUCUGGAACUGUUUCAAUUAUUUAUUAGGUAAAUGUGUUCAGAUGGAACUUUGCAAUAAAGAUGAGGUAUUAUUCUUUUUCUUGCUACCCGGCACAUUUCUGAUAUGCUCAUGUGUCAACUUCUAGUUUAAAGAUUAUUACAGUCAAUUCCUGUAAAUAUGUGCUAUCAACUUUCUCUUUUCAACCAGUAGCUGUGGUAGAUAUAGACCAAAAUAAAGUAAGAAAAAGGGGAAGAAACUGUGGUUGCAAUUGUCUGGAAACAGAUGUGAAGUUUUAGAAAAUUUCAAAAUCACAAUGCAUUUAUUAUGUGCUUUUCUUUGACAAUGUAUUUUCUAAAUUAGAGCAUCAACAUCUAGGGCAGUUUUUUUUAUGGGGGAGAAACAUGAACCAGUCCUCAAAGUUCCAACAAAAACGCAAUGUAAUAUUUUUGGAACUACAUUAAUAAACAGACUGUUAACAAAUGUUAGAUGAAAGAAUGGGUGCUUGUUUGAAAUGUUACCAAAUUGCUUUGAUACUUCCAUCUUAUUAACAAAACCCAUACGGACUUAAAUUAAAUAGUGAGGAUGAGUUAGUGGCCAUAUCUAUGUAGAAAUUUAAUAAAGAAGUACAAGCACAUAUACAUUACUCUUUAUUGUAGAUAAUGCCAAAAGCAUAAUAUUACAAAGAAAAGAGCACAUCGGAUGAUUUGUCGUUGAUGGCAUGUUUGACAAGUUGGCCAGCGUAUAUUUGUGGUCCAACACCAAUGUAGAGCAUGGGAACUUAAAAGUC